GGAAUCUGCAACUCAUCUAUCUUUUUCCUUCUGCAUACGUCCGUACCGGGGGAGGCGUUUCUUCGUGUUCUCAACCGCAGAUACAGAUGCCUACUUGAGUACCUACGCAACUACUUUGGGUACGCAUACACAAGUACUCUGCGUGGGUGUCUGCGCAUGUGUAAGAGUGACGAUUAUUAUGACACUGACAGCACAUCGAAGCGGAGUCUGGACAAAAAAAAGCCAAGCCGCAGCAGCACGCAACGCGCGCAGCACAUCAGCGCACACUGCAGAUGCAGAUUGUGGCAGCGGCAUGACACCCACGACAUACACGCGCGCAAACAGGGGUGUCGGGGAUGUCUUGAUGCUCAUCUAGGUGCAAGGCAACAGAUAUGUACCCGCGAUGAUGUCUCUCUUGAGGGAAGCAUGGAACCCAACCUGGGAGCCACGAGGUUGCGCCCAAUGUGUAUCCGUAUUAUGUAUCUGUAG